AUGGAUUGUUCUGAACAAAUUGCUGAAACGCCGGCUAUUGCGUACAAGCUUCUUUUCAAAGCGGCCAUUGCAAUCCCUAUAUGGCAUUAUUUUCUAGCAAUGCUGUUGUUAUGUAUGAAUUUGUUGUACAAUUUUUUGGAGUUUCAUUUCUUACAUGACAUUUUCACCGGAUUCCGGGGAAGUCGGGUUGUCUUGACAUACAAUUCCUCAUCGGAUCUAUACCGGGGAGUUGUAUCCAAGUGUAGGACGCUUCAUGGAAGGUAUUUGGCUACACCCUGGCUCUCAAGUCCUCACAUUCAAACUUCUUUUCUAAACUUCUUUGGAAGGCCUCCAAGAGUUUGCUAUAAAAGACAGUUGUUUCAUGCAUCGGAUGGUGGGACUUUUGCUCUGGAUUGGCUUAGGCAUUUUGAUGUGUCUGGAGUAGUAACUCGCAGAAAUCAGGACAUUAGCAAAGAUGAUACAACUCCUAUUGUGGUUAUGAUUCCAGGACUAACAAGUGAUUCUGCUUCUCCUUAUAUGAAACAUCUAGCUUUCAAUACAGCGAAACAUGGCUGGAAUGUGGUUGUCAGCAAUCACCGAGGAUUGGGUGGCAUCUCAGUUACUACUGAUUGCUUUUAUAAUGCGGGAUGGACAGGGGAUAUACGCGAAGUCAUCAAUUAUCUACAUCAAGAAUACCCAGAAGCUCCAUUAUUUGUUGUGGGAACUAGUAUUGGUGCAAAUGUUUUGGUAAAAUAUCUUGGAGAGGAUGGGGAGAAUGUUCCUGUUGCAGGUGCUGCAGCAGUUUCCUCUCCUUGGGAUCUUUUGAUUGGUUCCAGGUUUAUUCGCCGAAGGCUCCUACAGAGGUUAUAUGACAGAGCUCUUACUAUUGGCCUUCAAGGUUAUGCGCAACUACAUAAACCACGUUAUUCUCGGCUUGCUAACUGGGAGGGAAUUGAAAAGUCACGUUCUAUUCGGGAUUUUGACACCCAUGCCACCUGUCUUGUCGGAAAUUAUGAGACUGCAGAUUCAUACUAUAGGCACACUAGCAGUUGCUCUUUUGUGCCACGAGUUUCAGUACCUCUACUCUGCAUAAGUGCAUUGGAUGAUCCAGUCUGCACUAGUGAAGCCAUUCCUUUCAAUGAAUGUAGAGCAAACAAAAAUACAGUCCUAGCUACAACACAACAUGGAGGACACCUAGCUUUCUUUGAAGGCAUUGCUGGAUCUAGCUUGUGGUGGGUGAGAGCGGUCAAUGAAUUUUUUGAAGCCUUACAUUCAAGUCCCUUUAUGCAUCAUCAAAAGGCACAAAGUAUCGACCCUCAUUCUGCAGCAAUGCAAUCUUCAAUUGAUCAAGGCCCGUAUCUUAACAUCACAGAUGACAGUAUGGUUGCUGCCACGGACAAUGGACGAACAGAUGUUGACGUUGAUGUUGAUGUUGAUGGUGAUGUUGAAGAGUCAUUUAAAGAGAAUGAAGAUCACAAUCAAACUAAUACAACAAUUUCAGCCAGAGAAGAACACAAAUUCACAAGUGGAGAGGAAUCAACCCGUCCUACUCAAACCCCAGAAAAAUCUGCGAAUUCCAAGCGUACGAGUAUUGUUGAAAGGUGCUUAUAUCUGGUUUCCCGACAAAAUAGGAUGUCAAUAUGGCUGCUUGCUUAUAUAGCCAUCAUAUCGACCUGGCCAUUGGUCGGUACAGCACUGGGUUUCUUUUUCAGAAAGAAGAUAAAAAAAGACUCAUCUGGAAUGAUACAAAAAUGA